GCAGGUACUGCGGUGUCCCGUAGAGGUAACAGAGGCGUAUUAUCUGUUAACAGAAAGAAUGGUCCUUAUUUGUACUUUGACUUAGACAGCUGAGUUAAAAUAAGUACGAGUUUCUUUUAUAGAAAGAAGAUGGAAUUUGAGACGACGGAGACCGUACGCUCGACGCCGAGUCGCCACGAGAAAAGUUUGGGGCUCCUCACCAUGAAGUUUGUCAGUCUGCUACAAGAAGCUAAGGAUGGCGUCCUUGAUUUGAAAGUGGCUGCAGACAGCUUGGCAGUGAAGCAGAAGAGGAGGAUAUAUGACAUCACCAACGUGCUGGAAGGUGUGGGGCUGAUUGAGAAGAAGAACAAGAAUAUAAUCCAGUGGAGGGGGGAGAACACAGGCAGCCAAACUCAGGAGGUGCUGGAGCAGGUGAAAGUUUUAAAGGCCCAAAUAUCUGAGCUGCAGGCCCAAGAGAAAGAGCUGGAUGACCAGAAGGCCUGGCUAGAGGAGAACAUCAAACACCUUAAUCGCGAUCCCAUCACCAGCAAUUAUAAAUUUGUGACACAUGAAGACAUCUGCAGUGCUUUCAGCGGAGACACUCUUCUUGCCGUUAUAGCUCCAACUGGGACUCAACUGGAGGUGCCACUGCCUGAAAUGGGCCAGGCUGGUCAGAAGAAGUACCAGGUGAAUCUGCGCAGCUGCUCGGCUCCCAUCCAGGUCAUGCUCAUCAAUCGGGAUUCAGACUCCACAAUACCUGUGGUCUUUCCUGUACCACCAACUGACAACAUCUGUCCAAUGCCAGCUCCACCCAGAACCCCCGCCAGCCUGCAGAGGUGCCCUCUUUCUGUGUCUGCAAGCUCCACUUUCAACACCACCACCUCCUACUGCAGCCAGGACUCUCUGUGCUCAGACCACCAGGUGGUGCUGCCAGUUCAUGAACUGCUGACACCAUCUUCUACCCCUCCUGAUGUGCAGAUAGGUAAGGACAUGGGCUUCAGGAUUAUACAUACAAUUGUAUUUACUUUUAAAGAAGCUACAAUAAACAAAAUUUGUAAGCCAAAAGUUUGGCUCCACUCCCAGAUUGAGGCAUUGGUGGAUAAGUGUCACAGUCAGCAGACGGACCUGGCAGGCCCAGAGUUCCAGUCAAUGCUGGAUGUGAGCAGCCUGCUGACGCUCAGCGCUGCUGGAGACCACGUGAAAGAUGACGGAGAGGGAUGUCUCUCUCCACAUGCAGGUAUAGACUACAGCUUCAACCUGGACGACAAUGAGGGAGUGUGUGACCUGUUUGAUAUGCAGAUCCUCAAUUACUGAUGGCUGACUCUGAUUUUGCCACGCUCGUACAAUCUUGAGAGGCACAUUUAGCCUCUCUUUAAAGAUGGUUCAAAGAUUCUUUUCCCCAUUCUGCUGUGGUUGCACAGUCGAUACUUUAUCACCUUUUUGUCAUCUUAAGGAAAAUAUAUAUACACACAUAUCUUAACUGCUGUCCAUUAGACAUCUUACACAUUCAGUUUACAACACUAGCCUCUUUCAAGCAAAGAGCCUGAAUGAAUUUACCAUAAGGUAUUUACUGUGCGUCGCCAUGAGCCAUUGUGUCUCCACUGAGACUUUACAGGUUUAAUGAGUAAAUAUCUUAUAGAUUCCAGACAAAUGAGGUGCCUCAGUAGAAGUGAGCCAAGACAAAUCCUUCAGCCUCCUGCUGCACUUUUCUGUCUACGGAUCUUUGUAUUUUUCCACAUCCAGUGGAAACCUAAGACUUGAAGGCGACUGCUUUACUUUUUGCAGUUUAUGAACUUUUGGGACUGUGACAGUGUUUCGCUUUAGUUGAUGUCUACAGUAACUUGUAACAAUUUCAGUAUUGACUUCUUUUUAAAAUUUCAACAGUUAAUCUAGUUGUGGGUGUGUAAGAAAGUAACUUUCUUUGCAUGGAAAGCACCUGAAAUGAAUUUCAUAGUCAUAUUUCAACAAACCUUCUGUAUUGAAGAAGUGAAUGUUGUGGUUGCAUUUUGUUACCUUGUUCUUGUGAAAAUGCAAGAAAGUUUUCUUUUCUAAAUUAUUGUGACACUGCCAUUUUAGGCCGUUUUUUGUUUUCAUGGAUUUUUUUUUUCAUGUCAUUGCAGUUAUAUUUGAAUAACUAAUAUUUUUUACUUAAUUUAAGAGAAAAAGAAUUAUUGGUUCGGGUUGAAGCUAGUUAACUGCCUUAAGCAUAAUUUAAAUAAUUAAAUUUGCCAUAUUUCUGAUCUGAAUUGUUAAAUAUUACGAGCACUGAGUGGCAUUUUUGCAUAUUUAUAUCUCCUUUGUUGUUUAUUACAAGAAGUAAUGUUUUUGUUGCACAUUUUCGAAAGUUUAUUUCAAUAAAUUGAUUUAAUCCUGGCAGAUAGUGAGCAUGGUUCAAUUUGCAAAUGUAGGGAAGGAAUACGAUCCCAAAUCCCUCCAGUAUGUACUAAUCUUCCAGGGUGACAUUUUAAGGUUGUCUUGAACUUUACAGAAGGUAGUGUUUACCACACAUUACCUGACCGCUAAACCCUGGAUUCAGACCUUUUCUUUUUUGGCUGAGUAAAGUGUUUUCCUCCGUUAACAGACGGUAAACCUCAGUCAGAUGGUUUCCAUAUGAGAGCACACGUGCCAGAGAAUGACCUGCUGCACAAAUCAUCAGUUGAUCUGUGUACCAGCUGGGAUAAGGGAGGAAAAACAAAAAAAAUGUAAAAGAAUCCUUGGGUGAUAAAUGAAAAAGUGUGAACACCAGCUUUAAUACAUUUUAUAAGAGAGAUCAGUGAUAUGACAAACCAUAUGAUACAGGUUGAAAAGAAAGAAGUAACUAGUUGCAUCAGACAAUUCAGCAGUGCUGUGUUUACGUCUGUCACAGUAGAUGAAGCUAAUACUGCAGAACAACACUAAAGAUUAGAAAACGUCCAUCGCUCCUCUGUGCAGCUACACGCUGGUACUAAAUGUUGUCAUCUUAAAUCAGUGCUAAAAAAACACAUUUGUAGUGAAAAAGUCUGAUUAUCAACUUUUCAUCAUCACCUCAUAAAAAUAAAAAUUACUGGAAGUUUCAGUCUGUU